UAUAUCACAAGGCUACAGGUGCCUGUAUUUCCACCGUCUGCUGGUGCUGGGAGCGCCUGAAAGCCUUCUCUCUGGACUUAGCCACCGCUGUCCUCAAGGUGAUGUUGGACUCAGUGACACACAGCACAUUCCUGCCCAACCCAUCCUUCUGCGACCCCCUGAUGUCUUGGACUGAUCUGUUCAGCAAUGAAGAAUAUUACCCUACCUUUGAGCAUCAGACAGCCUGUGACUCCUACUGGACAUCGGUCCACCCUGAAUACUGGACUAAGCGCCACGUGUGGGAAUGGCUCCAGUUCUGCUGUGACCAGUACAAACUGGAUGCCAACUGCAUCUCCUUCUGUCACUUCAACAUCAGUGGCCUGCAGCUGUGCAGCAUGACGCAGGAGGAGUUCAUCGAGGCGGCUGGCAUCUGCGGGGAGUAUCUGUACUUCAUCCUCCAGAACAUCCGCACUCAAGGUUAUUCCUUUUUCAAUGAUGCUGAAGAGACCAAGGCCACCAUCAAAGACUAUGCUGAUUCCAACUGCUUGAAAACAAGUGGCAUCAAAAGUCAAGAUUGUCACAGUCAUAGUCGAACAAGCCUCCAAAGUUCUCACCUGUGGGAAUUUGUUCGCGACUUGCUUCUCUCUCCUGAAGAAAACUGUGGCAUUCUAGAAUGGGAAGACAGGGAACAAGGUAUUUUUCGGGUGGUUAAAUCAGAAGCCUUGGCAAAGAUGUGGGGACAAAGGAAGAAAAACGACAGAAUGACGUAUGAAAAGUUGAGCAGGGCUCUGAGAUACUACUAUAAAACAGGAAUAUUGGAGCGGGUUGACCGUAGGUUAGUGUACAAAUUUGGAAAAAACGCACAUGGCUGGCAAGAAGACAAGCUAUGAUCUGCUCCAGGCAUCACUCAUUUUAUGAAUUUCUAUCUUUUCAAACAAUCAGAUUGAAAUAGACAUUUGAAAGUCU